GCGAGUCUGCGUAUUCCGUGAGUAACGACGAGACGGCCAUCAUGAAGGAGAUCAAGACGCACGGCCCCGUGGAGGCCUCCUUCGACGUGUACGAGGACUUCCUGAGCUACAAGUCUGGCGUGUACAGAUACCUCGCUGGCGACUUCGUGGGCGGCCACGCCGUGCGCAUCCUCGGCUGGGGCCAAGAAAAGGGCGUCAAGUACUGGCUCAUCGCCAACUCGUGGAACACCGACUGGGGCGAGAAGGGCUUCUUCAAGUACAUCCGCGGUAUCAACUUGAACGGUAUGGAGGGGGACGUAGUCGCCGGUCUGCCCAGGCUGUAGACAGCGCCCACUUCUGAUGCUAAUAAAGGGAGCUGAGUGAUAGUCA